AUGGAGUCCAGCAGUUGUCCACGAUUUAAGCCACCACACAGCCUGAAAGUCAACAUUAACGGCAGCUCUUUCUUUGUGGAUAAAAGCACUCUGGCUGAGAAUUGUGAGUACUUCAGAGCAUUGUUCCAGUCAGGGAUGAAAGAGUGCCGACAGGAAGAGAUUCAGCUGCAAUGUGUGGGGGUUCUGGGGUUCCUGGUCUUGCUGCAGGUACUGAAUGGGGAGCAACCGGUGCUCAGCAGUGAUCACAUCGUGGAAGCUAUCGAAUGUACAGCUUUUCUCCACGUACCGGUCCUCACCAAGCACUUGAUCAAUGUCAUCAAUUCUGAAAACUGCUUACUCAUGUUCCACACAGCUGCCACCUACGGUGUGUGGGAGCUGUCCCACAGGUCAGCCUUAUUCAUCAGAGACAUGUAUACCGACUUGAGGGAGGACGUCCACACCUUACCCAACAAGUUGGUUGAAUACAUCAAAUCUCUUCUCCCGAGCAGCUACAUGGCAGUGUGCAGCCACUCUCCAUCCACGGAGCUGCUGCAGGAUUCCCAGAGGACUGUCUGCUACCUGGAUGAAGAGGACAGAGAGUGGAGGGUCCUGACACAUCUACCUGGGAGAACCAGCACCACCAUGGCAGGCGUGGCUGUCCUCGACAACAGACUUUACAUCAUUGGAGGGGUGCAUGAUGUAAGUAAGAAGGUGGUAGAGACGGGUUUCUGUUACGACCCUGCAGCUAACACAUGGUCCACCAUCUGUGGCCCUCAGCAGCUCCGCUACAACUUCACUCUGAUAGGACAUGAGGACUGUCUGUACGCUGUAGGAGGGGAGUACAACAUGAAUGCCCUCUCAUCUGUGGAGAGGUACAGGGUGUCUGAUGGGAGCUGGAGUUUUGUCUCCCCCCUCCCUUCCCCUGCUGCUUCGGUGGUAUCUGCUAUAGCCAUGAACAGGAUGUUUAUCUGUCUCUGGAAAGGGAAGGGGGCCACAGAUAUCCUUGAGUACGUGCCUGAACCAGGCCAGUGGCUUCUGGUCACCACACUCAUCCGCCAACACAGUUAUGGUCUUUAUAUGGUAGCCCAUAAGGACAAUCUGUAUGUAAUGCGAAACAGACCCUGUGACGACUUCUUACUUUGUGUGAUAGACUUCUACAAUCUGACCUCAGGACAGUGGACAGCCAUGUCUGGUCAGUAUGGUAACAGUAAAGGGUCUCUUCUCACUGCUGUGGUCAGAGGAGACUCUGUGUUCACUCUCAGUAGACAUGUGACCACAGAGUACACUGUGGAUGAUUGCAGAUGGAGACUGAAGCGUGAGAUGAAAGGUUUUGGAAGAAUUGGAUCCAUCUAUACAUUUCUGAUGAGGCUGCCUAAAGCCACUCUGUCUGUUACGGGCAACUGUAUGGGUCUGACUCACGAUCAGAGCUAA